ACAGAUACUAGAGGUCAUUACUGACCUCUAGUGUCUGUACGUCGCUGCUAUGGCAGAGAUCUCAUGACGUCUCUCCCAUAGUGAUCUAUUCAUGAAGCAUUGAAAAGUGUGUUAAAGUGAGCCAGUGGAGAAGUUGUCCAUGGCAACCAAUCCGCUGAUAUGUAUAAUGUAUAAUGUAAAAUAUUUCAUAAAAGAAAAAAAAUAUGAAAAAAAAAAAUCUCAAACACGUUGUGAUUCACAAUGAAGGCAGGAAAGUGAUCGUACCCUUAUAUUUGGUGUGAGCCGCAGGUGUUGAGAAAGCAGUAGGCUCCAGAGUUUAGAAUCACAAAUGUUACCCAAAGCAUGCAGAGAUUGUCCGUCUUGAUUAUGGAAUAAGGCACAGCAUGGCAAACCAACGCGUUUCUGGACUAUGCUGUCCCUUUUUCAAGGUCUAUAUCAGGUUUGAAUAAUUUUAACAUUGAUGGGGAGAAACAGAUGGUUUACUACCAUCGAUGGAUGUUUCAAGGCUAGUGAAUUAUUUGGCAUCUAAGUAUCAGUGCAUGGCUCCAGAUAAAUUGAAAACAUAAUUCUUAAUUAAUAAAUGAUUAAUAGAAAAAAAUUAUAGAACAUAUAUAUAGAAUUAUUUAGUAAAUCUUUGUCUUUAUUUAGAUUGUCUUAGUUUUAAAAAAUGGCAGAGGGUGGUAGCAGAAAACGAACCUCACUUACUCAAGAUGAAGCUGAAACAUCUCACAGUCAGAAGAGUCACAGUGAUGCUUCUCAUGAUGAAUAUGAAUCUCCUGAUGAAGGAAGCAUCCACAGGGCCCCAAAGUUCACAGAUGAUGAAACAGACACCCUCAUUGACCAAGUUAUUCAUCAUACAUGUCAGCUAUUUGGUCCCGAAGCUUUUAAUGUACACCAGAAAUUUAAAAAUAAUACUUGGGAAGAAAUAGCAAAAUCUGUGUCUACAGCUCGAGAUAUACAUCGAACUCCUGAAAGCUGCAAAAAGAGACUACGUGACUGUAAGAGGAAGACAAAUCAUAAAAUAAAGUGUAGAAGAAAACUCCAAAAGGUUUGGGAGAAAAAACUAGAAGAGCACUUUAGAAUGGUACAAGAUGACGAGAGGCCACCCACUGGUUCCCAGGAACUUAAGGUUGCUCAAGAAAAAAAUCAAAAGAAAACACAUAAGAAAAAGCAGAAGAAUUUGGAAGAGCAACAGUCUGGUUCCUUUACAACAAUUUCAAGGAAAGUUUCUUUUUCUGAAACAAAAACAGUUAUGACAGACAAUUUUCCUCCAACUGCGGAUGAACCAUCAGUGAUGCCACAUAUUUUAACAUUGGACAAUCCUUCCAUGGUGGACGAACCAUCAAUGCUGCAUCAUGAUGCAACAGCGGACCAUGCUACCAUGUUGGACCAACCAUCAAUGCUGCAACAUACUUCGACAGUGGAUGAUACUUCCUUUGUGGCCGAACCAUCAAUGCUGAAACAUUCGGCAAGAGUGGAUGAUCAUUCCACGGCGGACCAAACAUCAAUGAUGCAAGAAUAUUCUUCUGUGGUUCAAAGUUCCACUACGGUAGAGACUUCCACGGUAAAUGAAACAUCCAUGAGGCAAGAACAAUCAACAAUGGAUGAUCCUUUCAUGGAGGAAGAAAAUUCAACCAUGCUAAACCCUUUAAUGUUAGAUAAAGCCAUAGAAAGCAACAUGGUGACUGCCACACAGACACAGGAUAACAUUAAUGAGGAGCCUGUAUUGCACAGCCAGAAAAGUAAUAUUGAUACAGAAGAUACCAACCAGGUGGAAUUGAAUGCAGAGACUGCACAUUCUAGUGUAAUUGACCAUGGUCUUCAAGACCAAUUCCUGGACUCUACAAAUCAAGAACUUUUUAUACACACAGAAUGUGACGUUAGCAGAUCACAAACCAUUAGCCAACAGGAUUCUUUAAAGGAAACCAUGCAGCUAAUUGAGAGGAAUAGAAAUGAAGAAAUGAAAAAAAUUGAACAUCAAAUAAAUCAGCUGAAUAAUAAUAUACAGAUUCUCAACACAACACAAAGACAACAGAAUCAAGCACUUGUCACUCUUGCAAAUUUUUACGAUCAUCUUGUUUCAUCACAGAAUGUGGCAGCAAUCAACUACCAACAGAUGCAGCACAGUAUAAAUCAAAUGCUAGCAUGGCAGUAUGAGACUAUUACCAUCACACGCAUGAUUUCCACUUUCAUGCAACUGUUGACAGAAGAAAGACAAAGAAUGUCCAGAUCAGAUAAUCCUUCUUGUAUAUCCAAUGCUACAGCAGGAACCUUUGUAUCCAGCUGUACACGUGGAGACUAUGUAACAAGCUCUACACACAGAGAGUAUGCAACGAGCGCUGCACCUGGAACCUAUCUAUACACCACUUUACCAGGAGAAUCUGUAUCCACCCCUGCAGCAGGAACAGAUGUAUCCACCACUUUACCAGGACCCUAUGUAUCCACCACUGCAACAGUAACCUAUGUAUCCACCACUUUACCAGUAUACUCUGUAUCCACUGCUGCAGCAAGUACCAAUGUUUCCACCACUUUAACAGGACCAUAUGCAUCCUACACUUUACCAGGACCCUAUGUAUCCACCACUGCAGCAGGACCCUAUCUAUCCACUACUUUAACAGGACCCUAUGUAUCCUCGACAUUAUCAGAACCCUAUGUAUCCAUCCCUGCACCAAGACCCUAUGUAUCCACUACUUUAACAGGACCCUAUGUAUCCUCGACAUUAUCAGGACCCUAUGUAUCCAUACGUGAAACAGGACCCUGUGUAUCCUCCACUUUUGCAGGACCCUAUGCAUCCAUCCCUGCACCAAGACCCUAUGUAUCCACCACUGCAACAGAACCCUAUGUAUGCACGACUGUAACAGGACACUAUGUAUCCUCAACUUUAGCAGAACCCUAUGUAUCCAUCCCUGCAUCAAGACCCUAUGUAUCCACUACUUUUACAGGACCCUAUGUAUCCUCCACUUCAGCAGGACCCUAUGUAUCCACCACUGCAACAGAACCCUCUGUAUCCACGACUAUAACAGGACACUAUGUAUCCUCAAUUUUAGCAGAACCCUAUGUAUCCAUCCCUGCAUCAAGACCCUAUGUAUCCACUACUUUUACAGGACCCUAUGUAUCCUCCACUUCAGCAGGACCCUAUGUAUCCACCACUGCAACAGAACCCUCUGUAUCCACGACUGUAACAGGACACUAUGUAUCCUCAAUUUUAGCAGAACCCUAUGUAUCCAUCCCUGCAUCAAGACCCUAUGUAUCCACUACUUUUACAGGACCCUAUGUAUCCUCCACUUUAUCAGGACCCUAUGUAUACAACAACUUACAUGGAGACUAUGUAUCCACUGCUUAUAGAGGCCUCAAUGUAUCCACCACUGCACCAGGGCCCUAUUUAUUGAAGCCAAAACCAGGACACUCAGAAUCCACUACUGGACAAAUUGCCUCAGAAUCCACCGCUGACUCAGGACCCUCAGAAUCCACCGCUGCAACAGGAAAGUAUAAAUCCACCGCUGCACCUGUACCCUCUGAAUACAGCCCUGAAAACACAAAUUUGAGAAGCAUAGCUGUAGCAUCAGAAGUGCAUUCAAGAUUGCAAUUGGCUUAUCGACCUAGCUCAAGCUAUGAUGAGAAUAUGGAUCUUCGAGUCAGAUUAGAGCGUGCAAAUAUUCAAAUUCAACAUUGGAAGAGACAGGAAGCUAACGAUGAGGAUGAAGCUUAAAUAUUAAAGAUAUGUCACAAACGGUCUUGCGAGCCAGGGUGAAGGAACUGAAGACAGAGGGAUACAGAGUCAUCCAUGUGUCCUGUUUGAAAAGACAAAUCGAUAAUAGGAAUAUACUUUCUGAGAUACUUCAAGUCGUGCAUUCCUGAAAAUGUUCUAAAUUUAUUUUGUUUUGUUUUGGUUUGUUCAUGUUGGUGGGGUUCACAUACUAAUAUGUUCAAGAUAAAAAUAGAGAAAAUAUAUGUACAGACACAUAUUCCAUAUUACAGUGAUUGUUCAUGCAUAUAUAUAUAAUUUAUAUUCUAAUAAUAUCCCAAAAAAAUUAUUGCAAGUUUUGUAUUGUUAAUAAUUUGCAUUUGCUUAACAAUGCAUUUAUAUAUUCAAAAAAUAUAUACAAAAGAUUUGCGCUCUAAAAUACACACACUAUAUGUAGUUGGAUUCAGGCGGCUGCUCACCAGUUGUGGGCGGGCUGCCCCAACAAUGGAUCAAAGUGAGUGUGAAAAAAGAAAGAGUGGGAGCGCAGAAUGAAUCCAAUAUAUUGUUUUAUUUAAAAUAUUAAUAUGUCAUCCACAUAAAAAUGCAGUACAUGAACUAGCCUCAGAAAAAACAAUUGAUAUUAUAUAAAUGUAAACGAG